AUGCAUUUCCUCGGUCACAAGCAUAGUCAACAAGAGGGUGCAGAGGCUCAACCUCGCCGAUCCUCUGUUCGUGAUCUUCAAGCGAGAGCAUAUGCGAAGUGGGUGAUGGAGACAUCCAUUCCACGAAAGCACCACACAAGCAGUUUCGAGGCCGAACGAGCCCGACGACAUUCAGUGGCAGAGGAUCAGGAACUAGUCAUGAGGACGUAA